GCCUGCGCGGCCGCACACCGGGCCGCUCCUGGCGCCGCGCAUCCUCGCCCCGCGCCCGCUCUGCGCUCACCUCCACUCCGCGUCCCGCUCGCGCCCGGCCCGCCCGGCUCCUCGGCUACCCUCGCGGAGGGCGGCGCGGCCAUGAGGAUGCGGGGACGCGGUCCCCGGGAUGCCCCCGCCUCCAGCGCGGGGGCCGGCGACGCGCGGCGGCUGGCGCCCCCGGGGCGGAACCCCUUCGUGCACGAGCUGCGCCUCAGCGCCCUGCAGAAGGCCCAGAUCGCGGUCAUGACGCUGACGCUCUUUCCCAUCCGGCUGCUGCUUGCCGCCUUCAUGAUGCUGCUCGCCUGGCCCUUCGCGCUCGUCGCUUCCCUGGGACCCGCUGAGAGGGACCCGGAGCAGCCCCUGGCCUUGUGGCGGAAGGUUGUGGACUUCCUGCUCAAGGCUAUAAUGCGGACCAUGUGGUUCGUCGGUGGCUUCCACCGGGUGACCGUGAAGGGGCGGCAGGCCCUGCCUACCGAGGCAGCCAUCCUCACCCUGGCACCACACUCCUCCUACUUCGAUGCCAUCCCCGUCACCAUGACCAUGUCCUCCAUCGUGAUGAAGGCCGAGAGCAGAGACAUUCCGAUAUGGGGAACUCUGAUCAAGUACAUACGGCCUGUCUUUGUGUCCCGGUCAGACCAGGAUUCUCGCAGGAGGACCGUGGAGGAAAUCAAGAGACGGGCGCAGUCAAACGGCAAGUGGCCACAGAUAAUGAUUUUUCCAGAGGGAACUUGUACCAACAGGACCUGCCUAAUUACCUUCAAACCUGGUGCCUUCAUCCCGGGAGUUCCUGUCCAGCCGGUGGUCCUGCGGUACCCAAAUAAGCUGGACACCAUCACGUGGACGUGGCAAGGCCCCGGAGCGUUAGAAAUCCUGUGGCUCACCCUGUGUCAGUUUCACAAUCAAAUUGAAAUUGAGUUCCUUCCAGUGUACAACCCUUCAGAGGAGGAAAAGAAGGACCCCGCCCUGUAUGCCAGCAAUGUGCGACGCGUCAUGGCCGAGGCCCUGGGCGUCUCCGUGACUGACUACACCUUUGAGGACUGCCAGCUGGCCCUGGCGGAAGGACAGCUUCGGCUCCCUGCAGACACCUGCCUUCUGGAAUUCGCCAGGCUGGUGCGGGGCCUGGGCCUAAAACCAGAAAAACUUGAAAAAGAUCUGGAUAGAUACGCGGAAAGUGCUGGAAUGAAGAGGGGGGCAAAGAUCAACGUCUCGGAGUUUGCGGCUUACCUGGAAGUGCCUGUCUCCGACCCACUGGCCGACAUGUUCUCCCUGUUUGACGAGAGCGGGAGUGGCGAGAUGGACCCUCGGGAGUACGUGGUCGCCUUGUCUGUCGUCUGCCGGCCUGCCCAGACCCUGGACACCAUACAGCUGGCCUUCAAGCCGACUUCGGCAGGUUUGCAGAAACAUACCCCGACUUUGCAGAGGAGUAUCUGUACCCUGACCAGCCGCCUUUCGAGAGCUGUGCACAGACGCCUCCCGCUCUCACCCCCAACGGCUUCUGUGCUGACUUCAGCCCCGAGAACUCGGAUGCUGGGAGGAAGCCUGUGCGGAAGAAACUGGACUAGGACUGAGGGUGCUGGAGAGACGAGACUGCUCCCCGGCAGUCGCCACCCACCUCCGCAUGGCCACGAGCCCUCUGCUGUGACCAUCUCCGGGCUCCACUCUCCAUGUCGGCUGCUCGGUCACUGUCCCCAGGCCCAAGUGCCAGAGGCUGGGGUGUUUCCAUUUUGCUCCUCUGUGGGGCACCGGCCUGAGGGGCGCCUGCGGGGCAUCUGGAAGGAAACCUUAUGCUCACUCCACCCGGACUCCUCACAGCAAGACCGCGUGGGGCAUGUCCUACCCACCUUGGCAGGGCUCAGGGGUCUCCCUGCGGGCAGGUCCUCAAGGGGUGGGUGGACACCAGGUGUGGCUUGUUUUCAAGUGUCCUGGGUUCAGAUUGUCAUCUCACUCUUUCCACGCGGCCCCUGUUGGUCAGUUCGAGGCAUGUGCACAGACAGGCAGCUUCCAUGCACACUCAAAAAGCGGGGCAUGUGGCAUGUGUUCAAUUCCAGACAAACCCUGUGUCGACUUGUGGAGUCACAGUGUGGCUGGCCCGCCAGCGGUUUUUAAACAUUUUUAUAUUUGUGGGAGUUCAUGAGUAUUUUAUAAACCUCAUUUAGAUACUACAGGAAACAUUCAGCAUUUUUUUUAAAAGAAGAAAGUUGUUUUUCUACUUCAUUUUCCUUUGAGGGUCAGAGGAUAUUUAUUUAUGGGCCCUUUUUUUGAUAGACUCUGAGGCUGUCUGUGGCUUUGACUUCACUCUCUCUGGCCUCUCCACCAGGUCAGUUUCCCUCCUGUUUGGGCCACCAGGAGUUCCAGCCCAGAACUGCUAUCUCCCAUCCUUAAUCCUUUUGAAUCCCCCUCUUUUUUUUUAUAAUCGUUACCAGCUUGGUAUUUCUGUUUUAAUAUGACGUCAUUUACUUCACUGUAGUGUCAGCUCCGAGGCAUUGAACAUGGGUGGCAUGUUUGGCUGUGCACCUCCAGCAGCCCUGGGGCAGCGCGUCCUGCUCGGAGGGUGGCCAUCCCUCCCCUGCUCCGCUCUGGUGAGUGGACAAAGCAGCUGCCCCUGCUGAGCUGCACGGACAGACGGACGGGCGGAAACUGGAGAGCAGCAGAGCUGGUGAUUGCCUCAGGCUGAUGCCCCGCCUGUCAGGGUCACGAGGCCGCAUAGGUCUGUCAGGGACCAACUCCAGUCCCGCCCUGGGACAGAGGAGGAGCAGUCUCCUGGCACCAGAAGGGGGACACUGUGCUGGUGGUGCCUUUGUUCUUCCUGAAAUCCCCUUGGUUCACUUGUUUAGGACAGAAUUGGAACCUGUCCUUAAAGCACAAUCAAAACCACAGACUCCAGUUGGUGUCCUGAAGCAAAGCCUCUGGGUUCCUUUGGGGGGAAUUUUUUUUUUUCUAAAAUGAAUUGAAUUUUGUAUUUGGGGCAUCUCUACUGAAAGUGACCACCAGGGCCAGAAGCACAGGGAAGAUGUUUACUGAUUUCCCGAGGCAUCCAUGACGUGCAUUUCUACCAGUAGACGCCAGGAAAACCCUUAACUCCGGUUCAGCUGUCCCCUCCCCCUGUUUCAGCUGCUCACUGCCAGCCAGGACGCACACAGGGGGCGGGUGCUGAGGGCCAUCAGGGGUACUCGGGCUGCUGGACACCACAGAAACUCAGAUGCAGCCUCGGUGGCUAACGGUGGUUAAUUUUAUAAUCAUAAAAUGUAUAAAGAUUCAUUUUUCAAAGAGAAAAACCCACCAAUGACCAAUGAAGGAGGUGAGUAAACUAAGAUGUUCUGAGGGAGGGGGCCUGAAUUUGGCCUCCAUCCUCCAGGUCUGUGCAUGAAGGGUUUUUUGAAUGAAAUGCCACAGUGCAUUUUCAGGAAAAAAAUCUCUGAAAAACAGACUUUGAAUGGAUGUUUGCUCCUCCUGAUCCCUUUUCUUUCUUGUAGUGACUCAAUGGCAUUCGGAACUGUGAAUGUACAUAGUGUCGGAAUAAACCCCAUUAGUAUGAGACGACACGGCCAAGUGCAGCCCUGGCCCCUCCACAUGCGGGGCCCUGUGGGGACAUGGGGGUCCUGCUGGGAUGGGGGGUCCUGCUAGAACGUGGGGCCCUGCUGGAAAGGGUGCCAUGUGAAGAACUUUGGGUUUGUAACGGAAUGAAUAAAAUGUAGUCCUAUGUACUUGAA